AUGGCCCUUUGCAAUGAGCUCGCCGACAUUAAGAAGCUGGACUCCUCCGCCACGACCUACUUCAACAAGAUGAAGGUGCUGGCGGACACACUCACCUCUAUUGGUCGGCCGCUUAGCAACGAGGAGUUUGCUGGCUUUGUCAUCAAAGGCCUCGACGCCGAGUACGACAAUGUCGCCGAGGCUGUUCACAUUGCCAAGCCAGUGAUGCCCCCGCACGAGCUCUACUCAUGA